UCGAGGUGGAGAAGGGAAUUUGGGGAGCAUGGAGUUCCUCAGGGCAUCUCUCAUUUCUCGUUUUCCCCGGCUGCAGGGAGAAUGGGGCUUUUGCACGUCUGCAGGACAGAGAUUCCCCGUGUCCUUUGAGGAGGUAGCCAUUUCCUUCACGGCAGAGGAAUGGGCUCUCCUGGAUGCCGGCCAGAGAAAACUCUACUGGGAUGUUACGGAGGAAAAUUAUGAGACUAUGGCCUCUCUGGGGAACGACAUUUCUCAGAAGGCUUUGCAAGCAGGAGGAAGGUCAACCUUGCCUUUCCCAGGUGUUCAUGGGGUGGUGUUUCCCUCAGGUGGAAACGGAAAUGUAUGGAAAGUGCAGUUUCCCAGGGGCUCUCUUUCUUGUUUCCCCUUGCUGGAGAGAGAAUUUGGCUCCUGCACAUCUUCAGGAGAACAAUCCCAAGCUUCCUUUGAGGAGGUAGCUGUGUUCUUCAUGGAGGAGGAAUGGGCUCUCCUGGAUCCAGCCCAAAGAAAACUUUUCUGGGAAGUUACAGAGGAAAAUUAUGAGACUGUGGCUUUUCUGGGUAAGGAUGUGAGGGAGAUGGGGAGUGAGAAGGACUCAGGAAGAAGAGUUGUGGAAAAAGACAAUGAUCUGCAGGUGGAAGCAAAAUCUAAGAGUGGAAAGAGCUUCUCUUCAAAGACCUACCUACGUGAACAUCAAAAGGUUGACACAGGCAAGAAGUCCUAUAAAUGCUGGGAGUGUGGAAAGUGCUUCUCUCAGAAUCGCUAUCUAAUAGUACAUCAAACUAUUCAUACUGGGAAGAAGCCGUAUAAAUGCUUGGAGUGUGGAAAGUGCUUCUCUUUUAAUGGUGACCUAACUAAACAUAAAAAGAUCCAUACAGGGGAGAAGCCAUAUAAAUGCUUGGAGUGUGGAAAGUACUUUUCUCAGAAUGGUAACCUAGCUAAGCAUCAAAGGAUUCAUACAGGGGAGAAACCAUAUAAAUGCUAUGAGUGUGGAAAGUCCUUCUGUCAAAAAGGUGGCUUAACUGUACAUCAGAAGGCUCAUACAGUGGAGAAGCCAUAUAAAUGCUUAGAGUGUGGAAAGAACUUUUCUGAGAAUAGCACCCUAACCGUACAUCAAAGGGUUCACACAGAGGAGAAGCCAUAUAAAUGCUUAGAGUGUGGCAAGAGAUUCUCUCACAAUGAAAACCUAACUGCACAUCAAAAGAUUCACUCAGGAGAGAAAACAUAUAAAUGUUUAGAAUGUGGAAAGUGCUUUGCUUGGAAGUGCAGCCUACCUGUACAUCAAAGGAUUCAUGCAGGGGAGAAGCCAUAUAAAUGCCUGGAGUGUGGAAAGUGCUUUUUUCGGAGUGACUGCUUAAUUGUACAUCAAAAGUUUCACACAGGAGAAAAACCAUAUAAAUGCCUGGAGUGUGGAAAGUGUUUCUCUAUGAAAAGUGGCCUAACUGUACAUCAAAGGAUUCAUACAGGGGAGAAGCCAUAUACAUGCUUGGAGUGUGGAAAGUGCUUUUUUCAGAAUGCCCAUUUAAUUGUACAUCAAAAGUUCCAUAAAGGGGAAAAACCAUAUAAAUGCUUGGAGUGUGGAAAGUGCUUCACUUUGAACAGCAGCCUAACUGCACAUCAAAAGAUUCACACAGGAGAGAAGGCAUAUAAAUGCUUGGAGUGUGGAAAGUGCUUCUCCCAGAGUGGUGACCUAACUAAACAUCAGAAGACUCAUACAGGGGAGAAGCCAUAUAAAUGCUUGGAGUGUGGAAAGUGCUUCACUGUAAAUGGUGGCUUAACUGUACAUCAGAAGGUUCACACAGGAGAGAAGCCAUAUAAAUGCUUGGAGUGUGGAAAAUGCUUUUCUCGGAAUGACCACAUUAUUUCACAUCAAAGGAUUCAUUCAGGGGAGAAGCCAUAUAAAUGCUUGGAGUGUGGCAAGUGUUUCUGUUUGAACAGCAGCCUAACUGCACAUCAAAAGAUCCAUACAAGGGAGAAGCCAUAUAAGUGCUUAGAGUGUGGAAAGUGCUUUUCUCAGAAUGUCAACCUAGCUGCACAUCAGAAGAUUCAUACAGGGGAGAAGCCAUAUAAAUGCUUGGAAUGUGGAAAGUCCUUUUCUCGGAAUGGCCACCUAACUGCUCAUUCAAAGGUUCAUAUCGUGGAAAAACCAUAUAAAUGCAUGGAGUGUGGAAAGUGCUUCUUUCUGUAUGGCACACUAACAGCACAUCAAAAGGUUCACGCAGGGGAGAAGCCAUAUAAGUGCUUGGAAUGUAGAAAGUGCUUCUCUCGGAAUGGCGACCUAAUGAAACAUCAGACGGUUCACACAGGGGAGAAGCCAUAUAAAUGCUUGGAGUGUGGCAAGUGCUUCUCUCAGAAUAGCCACUUAAAUGUACAUCAAAAUGUCCAUGCAGGGGAGAAGCCAUAUAAAUGUUUGGACUGUGGAAAAUGUUUCUCUCAGAAUGGCCACUUAACUAGGCAUCAAAAGGUUCACACAGGGGAGAAGCCAUAUAAAUGCUUGAAGUGUGGCAAGUGCUUCUCUCUGAAUGUCAACCUAACAGCACAUCAAAAGGUGCACACAGGGGAAAAGCCAUAUAAAUGUUUGGAGUGUGGCAAGUGCUUCUCUCAGAAUGGCGACCUAACUAAACACCAUAAGGUUCACACAGGGGAGAAGCCUUAUAAAUGCUUGGAGUGUGGCAAAUGCUUUUCACAGAAUGCCAACCUAUCUACACAUCAAAAGAUUCACACAGGAGAGAAGCCAUAUAAAUGCUUGGAUUGUGGAAAGUGCUUUUCUCGGAAUGGCCACCUAACUGCACAUCAAAAGAUUCAUAUAGUGGAGAAGCUGUAUAAAUGCUCGGAGUGUGGGAAAUGCUUCUCUUGGAACAAUGAUCUAACCAGACAUCAAAAGUUUCACGUAGGAGAAAAGCAACAUAGAUGCUUGGAGUGUGGGAAAUGUUUCUUUUUGUAUGGUGCUCUAACAGCGCAUCAAAAGAUUCACACAGGGAGAAGCCCUUUAAAUGCUUGGACUGUGGAAAGCACUUCUUUAGGAAUGGUGACUUAACUAAACACCAGGAAGUUUACAUAGG